GCGUUACGGUUAUAAGCUCACAGCUUUGCCGGUGCGUGGGGGUUUUCAACGAGCUAGCGUUGUAUUUUUUAUAAUCCUGAUAAACAUCUUUGGUGAAUAUUUUUCCCCGAUGUCAUCCAAAUGCAAACUGACGCAAAACAAGGAAUGUGGGAUGUCAGCAGUAGGGGACCAAGAGAGCACUGUCCUGAAGCAGUGUGUUCAGGCCCGGACACAGCUGGAGGAGGCCAUCGCUGGGGUGGUGAAUGCUGAGGUCCAGCUUAGGGAUAACUCGAGAGAGGUCAAGGCCCAGCUGCACAGCUGCAUCAGUAGGCACCUGGAGACGCUGCGCUCUCGCGAGGUAUGGCUGCUUGAGCAGAUAAACCUGGUGGAGCAGCUGAAAGGAGAGGCACUCCAGCAGCAGCUGCAUCAGCUCCACUGGCUCCGGGGCCAGUUUGACAUUCUUAUUCAUCAGCUGGAGAAUUUCCACAGCAACGACCUCGCCAACCAGCUGACUAGUUGUUUGGAGAAGUUUUCUGGUUUGUCUCUGACUCCUGAGGAAACACCAGAGAUGAGUUUUGAAGCGGACGCUUGUUCCUUGCGUCAGGCCAUCAGGUGUUUUGGUACCAUUUCCACCCAGCAGAUGGUGAGGACACCCACCCUGAAAGAAAGUGUGGGCUCUGGCAACAGAGCAGGGCAGAGCUGCCCUGUUGCUACCAAGAAACAGAAGCUGGACUCAGAAUGGGGAGAGCCUCUUGGUGAAUGGCUUCUGGGCAGCCAUGUUGUAACCAGUGUGCCGUUUGAAUAUCAGUUCAGCAAGAAUCCUCAGGAUUGGCUGGUUGCUCCUAAGGAAAAGGUCCAUUGCCCACUUGUGCCAUUUGAUUUUGAGAAGGCAUGGGGUCAGCUAAAAGAUCUUGAAUGCUGGCUUGUGAAGAAGUCACCUUCACGUGAGCGAACCAGUAGCACAGCAAGCACCAGCAGCUCCACCAUCUCCAUCGAGAAGAUUGACGAGAGCGAGUUUCUGGAAGAAGAUGAUGGGUCACUGCUGGAGGAUGGUGAGAAGGCUGCGGACACCGAGGUGCUCAGUGACGACUGGCUCGUCACCCCCAGCAAGCUGGCUGCGACCAAGUCUGACACGGACCGCUGGAAGCCCAUCUUUAAACCCUUCCACGAAGGCUUCUUGCCAAGCGAGUGGCUCCGUAAGUCUGACUGCGGCUCAUGUUGCAGCUCACGCACCAAGGCUUUGGAGAUCGAGAACCUGGGUAAGCUCAAGUGCCUAAAGGUGGCCCCGGCCCAACCUGCCCCGGCCUCCCCUUCCCCCUUUGUCCCUGCCCCUAUCGAAGCCUGGCUCCAGCAGGCCGUCCCUUUGGGGACCGCCUGCAAAGCCAACGAGACCUGCUCCAGCUUCGCCCAGUGCGUUUGUGAUGACAACUGCGGCAAGGAAGCCCUGUGCGCCUGGCUGCUGAAGAAAGAAGGCCGCGACAAGAAUGGCAUGCCUGCCGAGAAGAACGUCGGCAGCAAGUCGGCCCUCCUCCAGCAGCAGGAGCAGCAGCAGAAGGUGCAGGCCAUCCUGGAAGCUUGGCUGCACCCCAGCAGAAGCACUUCCGCCCAGGCCCCUGUGCCCCCCUCCUCUCUGUCUCCCUGGAUGUUCCCAGCCAUGCCAGAGAGCGAGAAGGCAGCCUGUCAGGAGGAGAAAAGCACUCCCUUUAAAUCUCUGCUCAGACCCCUGCAGCCCGAGAGCUGGGUCUUGCCAGCAAAACUGCAGAGCAGUGAAGUCUCCAGCAAGCAGCACACACCAGACACAGCCAUCAUGGAGUCGGAGGAGGACAAGUGGCUACUGCGCAAGAGAGCCAACGCAAAGGACAGACUUGGUCUUCCCAAAGUCUGUGAUUUAUUUUCCUGUCUCAGACUUGAUGGAGAGAAAGAGAAGUGGCUUCACCAAGCACCUAUACAGAUUUGAAAACUGUUUUCCAGAAACAGUUUCACUAAUCUUUUGGUGGACCCACUGAAUUGCUGAUCACCGCACACAAAAUCAACUGCCUUACUUUUCAUGUUCUGUAGGGUCAUGUGGUGUAUAGUCUUUCACUGUUUUAAGUAGGUCUUGCUUAAAAUCCUGUUGAGAAAUUGACUUUUGCUGUAACCUUCUCUUAACUCUUUGAUGUAGGAUUUAAGCUUUUAUAAGGAGAUUUCUAACUUCCAUUUGAAUUUGCCUAUAACUUCCCAAAAUUCAGUGUCAAUCAGUACCAAUUGCUUAAAUGAUCCAAGUCUAAAUUUUAUUGCGCAUGAUUAUUGUUGUUUGCCUAGAGGAGGACUGGUUGCUUAACAGGCUUAAGGCAUCUUGAUAGUUAACCCUUCCUGACCUUUUUGUCUAACUUGCAAAUUUCUCCUACUAAAAAUGUAUUAUGAUUUUUUUUGGGGGGGGUGUGUGGUUUUUUUAACGUCUGUCUGUUUUCUUUGUUUAGCUUAAAGGCCAAUAUUAUUUCAAGUGAAAUCUGAUACUGAGUUGGUUGGACAGGCAUAGGUUCCGUUCUGUGUAGAAUGAUGAACAUGCAGGUGUCGUAUGAAACUAUCCAAAAAUGGCAUGGUGCUUCAUAUUUAUUCCAUUACAUAUGGAAUAAGUAAACAAGUUGCACAAUAUUCUGCUCACAUGAUUGCAGCUUCAGUAUAAUGCUGUGCCUGAUUUGCCACAGUGUAUUGGGAGAGCUGUAGGUGUUCUCGCCUGCUGUUCUUGCACAAGCGGUAGAUAUGUGGACUAAGGGGUGUUCAUCCAAUACUGGCCUCCGUACAGUGUGGCAAAUGUUCUUCAGAAUAUCAUUAUAGUGUUAUGGAUAUAAAAAUUUCUCCACCACUCAUUUUUUUCUUUCUGCUCUUCUACAUUGGUCAUGUUGGUGCACAAGAUCAUGGGCUUAAGUUUAAAGAUGUUAAACCUGACUACUUAAGAUGAACCAAGAAACCUUCCAAGAUGGUAUUUUAAACUCUAUUGGAAGAACAUUUGCUUUUGGACAUUUAUCAAUCCCUCACCUAAGGACCAACGGUUCAGUGCAAUAAAGAUAUGUGAACUUAAUUCAUGUCAGCAGAGUGGUAUUAAGGAGUAUUAUACAAAGUUCUCUUCUUACGCCCAUACUCUUGUCCUGAAGUGUGAUGCUAUAUACACAAUUGUGUAUCAGGUAAAUCAGACAUAAGCUAUUUAGAAUAGUGUUGCUUACAUGCAUUUUGUCCUUUUGUGAUUCAUGUACCAUAUUUUAACACUUAAUAAAUUCAUUCAAAAAUG